CAUCAUCCUUUCAUUAUGUCUUCAACCCCAAAUUCUCCAACUUCUAAGGGAAAAACUUUUAGCAAUAAAAUAUUUGCUAGACUUCGUGUAACCAUUGAAUCUGAUGUUCCACACAUCUACAAACUUAGGCAACGUUUAGCUGCUCAUCACAACAUUGGUCAUCUACUAAAAUCCACUGAGGCCUCUAUUGCCUCGGGUAUAUUUAACCCCAAAUUUAAUCCUGUUACUGCACUCAUAGUCGAUGUUUCACCUAUUUUUUCCCCUCCUCCUCAUUUUAACAUUAAGACCCUCGGAGUUAAGGAAAUUAACCUUAAUUCUUCGUUCAAAGACGAUGAAUCGGACGAGUUUAAAGUUGAUCACAAUGGUGAUAUUUUUAUUGCUGGAUACAUAUUGUAUUAUCCGUGUUUUUCGAGUUUUUACGAGAAACCUGUCUUUAAUUUCGAGAACCUUUAUGUAAGAGAGUGUUAUAGAGGGAAAAAGUUGGGAAAAUGGAUGUUUUCCGCUAUGGCAUUUGAGGCUACAAGAACGGGGAUUUCUGCUAUUAAUUGGUACACUUCAGAGUGGAAUAAAAGUGCUAUUGAGUUUUACACUAAUUUGGGUGCUAAAGUUUGUGAUGAUUUUAGGAUGUUGACUUUGACCGGUAAGGGUCUUAAAGCAUUUGAUGAUGAUAGUAAUAUUUAAGUAUUAAUGCUUGAAAAGGAAUUGUAUUGCUUAGUUGAA